CCUGACGACAACAACCACCUUUGACCACGACAAUCCCAGGACCCCGACGACCGAUUCGACCUUGAUUCCGGAUAUUGCUGACUGUCUACUUUCCUAAUCUUUCGCAAAUACUUCACCUGCGACCCGAUGCAGCGAGACUGAACGAAGACGGCCCCUCAUUCACCGCCCCACCAGAACCCUCAAUCAGCAGCUUUACCUGCAUCACUUAGUCUCCCACACUCUUUUGCACCCCGAGAAAAGCAUACUUCAACAUGGAGAACUAUCAGAAGCUGGAGAAAGUUGGAGAAGGAACAUACGGAGUUGUAUACAAGGCCAAGGACCUGGCGCACAAUGGCCGAAUCGUUGCGCUGAAGAAGAUCCGUCUUGAGGCCGAGGAUGAAGGGGUUCCCAGCACGGCCAUCCGUGAGAUUUCCCUCCUCAAGGAGAUGAACGACCCGAAUAUCGUCCGACUCUUCAACAUCGUACACGCCGAUGGCCACAAGCUGUACCUGGUUUUCGAGUUUCUUGACCUGGAUUUGAAGAAAUACAUGGAGUCUCUCCCAGUUAGCGAUGGCGGCAGAGGCAAGACUUUACCAGAAGGCUCUGGACCAGAAUUGGGACGACUUGGCCUGGGUGACGCGAUGGUAAAGAAGUUUAUGAGCCAGUUGUGCGAGGGUGUCAGAUACUGCCACAGCCAUCGAAUUCUCCACCGCGAUCUCAAGCCGCAGAACUUGCUCAUCGAUCGGGACGGAAACCUCAAGUUGGCGGAUUUUGGUUUGGCCCGCGCGUUUGGUGUACCCCUUCGAACAUAUACCCAUGAGGUCGUCACACUGUGGUAUCGAUCGCCCGAGAUUCUUCUAGGUGGUCGUCAAUACUCGACUGGUGUUGAUAUGUGGUCCGUUGGCUGUAUCUUCGCAGAGAUGUGCACGAGAAAACCUCUGUUCCCAGGUGAUUCCGAAAUUGACGAAAUCUUCAAGAUCUUCAAGCUUCUAGGUACUCCCACCGAAGCCGAGUGGCCAGGCGUCUCUGACAGGACCUGCUUCCCCGACUUCAAGCCCUCAUUCCCAAAAUGGAUUCGUGAUGAGAACGUAGCCCUGUGCUCAAACCUUGACGAGAACGGCCUCGACCUCCUCGAGCAAAUGCUCGUCUACGACCCCGCCGGACGAAUCUCAGCCAAGCAAUCUUGCAUGCACCCCUACUUCGAAGACGGAAGCGCUGCAUACUCUGGUCGGGGAUUGGGACCUACAUACAAGGGCCAGAACGGAUUCCACUGAGUUGAGGGGCGGGUUAUGGCUGGAUGAAUUGCAUGAUGGGAAUGAGGGAUGAGCAUAGCUUACUGCAUAUUCAUUGCAUAGGCUUGGAUACGACCGGGGGAAUGGGAAUAGAACACACAGCACAAAAUAAAGGUAAAUAAUGGCAUGCAUGCGUGCCUUCUUGCGCCUUUUCAUAUGUAGGACUUAUGAAGCAGCACAUCAUCGGACCGUCAUUCUUUCCUAUGUCAUGCACGGGAUGGGAUAGGGGGCGUGGUGGGAAUGGCUGGCGUUGAUCUGGGAUUCUGCGAAGAACUGCGAUGCCGGACUUGAUAUCGCGUGCCUUCUUACCUUUGUGUGUACAGAAAGAAUGAAAACAAGAGGCCUCUUUCUUGAGUAAUGGUCCUUGUGCGGAUAGAAUUCGUAAUUGAAAACUUGCCGAAGAUCUUGACAGUGGAAGUUGAAUG